UACACAGAGAUAAUCCAUUGAUGGAAAAUGGUAACUUGCAUAAUGUACCUGAAAACGAAGUGGAUGAUAAGAUUGUUGGAGCAGAUGUGAUUGCUACUACAACAAAUUCUGAUGUUGCUGCUAAUGAUCCUGCAAAUUCAGAUUUGGAAAUUCAAGAAGGUUAUCAUGAGCCUGACGGAGAUUCUGUUGUAUCUGCUGAACAAGCGCAGCUGCACACAGAAGAAAAUAAAGAAGAUGGGGAGGAGUCCACAUCCCAAAAUGCAGACCUCCCAUUGACGCCAAACAGAAGUUCAGAUUGGGUUGCUCGUUUAGAAAAACAAAUGUUACCCAUGGUUUGCACUGAAGACUCAUGUGACUCUAAGUGCAUCUUCAAAUGAGUCGAUUUUUAAACUUUUAUUUAUUGUGGAACAGUG